AUGGCCACUGCGCGUUUGCGCCGCAAGGCCUCUCGCAUGGCACUGUCGCCUGAUGUUGCAAAGCACACUCUCAAGAAGCCACGUAACUCCACUGCUGGGCCCUUUGCGAGCAUGAACCAAACUGAGGCCCGUAUCCCGGACACACCACGAUCCCGAUCUCAAGCUGCCCUCAGACGUUCCGGCCGCGGCGAUGACCCUAAAUCCCAGAAGCCCGAGAGUCCUUUAUACAAGGCGUUGAAGAUGCAAACAACUCUAUCUCCCGUAACCUACGGGCGUCGAACCGCUAUCAAAUCGAAAAUUGCCAACGUUACCAGCUUCGACCAUAUGCCUCUCCUUCCUGCGGUUCGGCAAUCGAUCUUCACUCAAGCUCUACCCGGUCUCGCGGAGAUCGUCCCAACACCGAUUCAACGACUCGCCAUCCCACAGCUCCUGAGUCAGAAACCGAAUAAGAAGACUGCUUCGAAGGAUGCCGAUGAUGACUUUCAAUACGACCAGUUUCUAUUAGCGGCUGAAACAGGAUCCGGAAAGACCUUGGCCUAUCUGCUUCCGGUGGUCGACGCAAUCAAGCGCGCGGAAGCACUGGAUAAACAGGAAGAAAAACUCCAGGAGGAGCAAAAAGCGAAGGAACGAGAGGAAAGAUUAAGGACUCGGACAUACGACCUGGAGCCCGAAGUGGCCCCUAUGACCAACGAGGGUCGUCCCAGGGCUAUUAUUCUUGUCCCCACGUCAGAAUUGGUAGCUCAAGUUGGAGAGAAAGUUAAGGCGCUCGCGCAUGCUGUCAAGUACCGAUCGGGUAUUAUCUCCUCGAACCUCACCCCCCGCCGGAUCAAGAACACCCUUUUCCACCCUGAUGGCAUUGACAUUCUUGUUUCCACCCCUCACCUCCUCGCCUCUAUCGCAAAGACCAAUCCCUACGUGCUCAGUCGUGUCAGUCACCUCGUCCUUGACGAAGCUGAUUCUUUGAUGGAUCGUUCUUUCAUUCCCACUACCAUGGAAGUAGUGGAUAAGGCAGCCAUGUCACUCAAAAAACUGAUCUUCUGUUCCGCCACUAUCCCCAAGAGUCUCGAUACUCAAAUUCGCAAACGCUACCCCGAUGUUAAGCGCCUGACAACCCCGAACCUCCACGCCAUCCCUCGCCGUGUUCAGCUGGGUGUUGUAGAUAUCGACAAGGAACCCUACCGUGGAAACCGGACUCUUGCCUGCGCCGAUGUCAUUUGGUCAAUUGGCAAAGCAGGUGAUGGAGCCGAUGGCGAGACACACGGUCCUGUCCUUUCCAAAUACAUGGGGCCCAAGGUCAAGAAGAUUAUUGUUUUUGUCAACGAGCGAGAGGAGGCGGAUGAGGUUGCACAGUUCCUUCAGACCAAGGGUAUUGAUGCGACUUCCUUAUCUCGCGACUCCAGCUCCCGCAAGCAACAAGAAAUCUUGGCAGAAUUUACCGAAGUUGAUCAGCCCCCAUCCUCAGAAGACAUUCUGAUGGCGAAGAAGCAACACCGCAUGGAGAAAGAAAUCCCCUUGGAACUUUCCGACCGGAGAUCUGAAAUGACCCGUCGUCUCCCCAAUACAAGGGUCCUCGUUACGACAGAUAUUGCCUCUCGAGGUAUUGAUACAUUGGCCGUGAAAACAGUGGUGCUCUACCACGUGCCUCAUACUACGAUCGAUUUCAUCCAUCGUCUAGGCCGUCUCGGUCGCAUGGGAAAGCGUGGUCGUGGUGUUGUCCUGGUUGGCAAGAAAGACCGCAAGGACGUUGUUCGUGAAGUCCGUGAGGGUAUGUUCCGUGGACAGGCCCUGAUCUAG